AUGUCCUUAUUCUCGGUAUCAAAGCUACUCGGAAAGAGUCGCGCGAAAACCACCAAACGCGCUCCUUCGGAAGCUACGAGAUCAAAUUCUUUACUCAACUUGUCGAUUGGCGAAAAGGAAAAAAAUGCCACUCCAAAAUCUUCCACCAUUUUCCUCCCAACCCCACCUACGACAACCAUUUCUAGUACCACAAAACUAGAGCCGAACACGGACCUGGAGUCUGUGCUUGUAAAAGAACCAUCGCCGUCGCCGCCACCUGUCGUCUCCGAGUCCGAAUCCAUCGAAAUUAUCCCUCCUAUUGUCGACUCGCAGACAAGGCCAUCGUCCGUCGAAGAGCCAGGAUAUACUGUUAUACCCGAAAAAAAGACAGGAGAGGUAGCCGAGGGCGCUGAAUUUGUUGCGCCCUUGCAACCGGAGGCAAGAAGUUCCGAAACAGAGUGGACAGAGUUGGAGGCGACAAAGGACGAUAGAAAUGUACAGGAAAAAACCUUCGUAGCUGAGCCUCUCGACGUUGACAAUACCGUUCACGAAGCAGCCCAGAAUCUUCAGCAAGAUGCGGAAUUCCAACACGAGCACACGGAAGUAGAGCCUGUAAAAGAGGUCAUCACAGCACCCGAAACACAUGAGGAUAUCCAACUCACCUUGAAAAUCGCACAAGAGGAGAUUCAGGCUAAAUCACGAAUCAUCGAAGAACUUCUGGCCCAAACGGAGACCAUGGGGGUAGAAAUUGCCAGGCUCUCUAAGGAGAAGGAAAUUUUGAUUGAGGAGGCGAUGCGUCAGAAGGAAAGCUUGGUUGAAGAGACGAUGCGCGACAAGCAAGGCUUGGUCGAAGCGGCGAGACACGAAAAGGAGGAGCUCUUGGAGGAGAUCGAUCGAUUGAAGGGUAUCAUUGGUGUGGAAAGGCACGAUGCCCGCCAACAGCUUGCCUCUUUUGACAGGCAGAAAACCGAGCUACAUGCCCAGCUCGUAGCGCAGGAGGAGAACAUAGUUCAACUAGAGAUGCGUCUGGCGGAGGAACAGGAGAAGGCUAGGUCACAGGAGAUGCAGAUCAGUCGCCUGGAAGGGCGGCUUGUUGAAGGGCGUGAAGAGGUCGGGGCAGUCUACACUAGAACCCGCGACCUUGAACUUCUAUGCCAACGAUACCAGGAUGAAAUAGCCGAAGAACGAAGCCGAGUCGCGGAGAAGGAGAGCCACAUCCGGAUGGUCGAGAAAAACAACGAAAAUCUCGCAUCUCAGCUUGUCCACCUCCAAAGCAACUUAAAUGAAGCUGAACGCCAAAACCGGAUGUUUAUCGAUCAACUCCGUCGACAAUCCAACGAACUUCAGGCCAGCAAAAAUGGUAGCGGUUUGGCCAGCAGUAGCGUUACCCGCUUUGCGCCGUUGAUUCUGGGGAGAGCAUUGAUGAGUGGGCCAUCUCGGAUUGAAAGCGCGAUAUCGACGAUCAAGAUGCUCAACGAAGAGAUCUUCCAAACUGCCGCUGCCAUGACCGAUCAAUUGGAAAACAUCCCAAAGAGGUUCGUCGUCGAGGAUGAGAGCGCGUCUGCCAAGGCAGAGAUUCUGAAAUCGAUGCUUGGAUUAGAGCUUGUCAGAAAUCUCCAGGAAGAAGCACAGAUACCUUCAGAAGAACACAAUCCUCUCUUCGUCCAGACAGCGCUCCAAGGAUGCCUGACCGCCUCCUGCUUGCGCAUCAUCACUUCGUGGUAUCCCGCUGAAUGGGAAUAUGGCAAUUUUUUGUACGCUCUUUAUGAAAGGAUCCGGGGAACAGGUGGGCCAGAGAUUGCGUCGAUUUGGAAAAAGGCGACUCAACAGAGUUGUGUUCCUUCAACAGAUAGGAAUGCAAAACUGGUCACCUACUUGACCGAACAAAUCCAGGCAGUGUUGACCGUUUGUGGGUGGUCUCAACAAAGUGCAGUUGACGAAAUGCUGCGCGAUAAGUAUUCAAGAAACUUGGCUGGUAUGGUAUCUCAGGCGGUCCGCCUCAACACCUUGACAAUGGCAGGUGAAGGCCGGGAUCUCGAGGCUAUCCUCAUCGACGCUGGAAAGGUGUUCGACCCCAGGUGUAUGCAAAAUGAAAACCCCUUUGAGAGCGCCAGCCGGAAAUUGAACGUGACCGCGCCUCCAGACGAAGAAGUUGUCUGUACGACCGCCUUGGGUUUAAAAACGGUGCAAAGUAUGGCAGGCGAAAGCGAGCAAAUCCUCCUGAUGCCCAAAGUGUUCCUAAACGCCGGUUUACUGUAA